GAAGGGGAACCAAUCGGCAAACUCUUCAGAUUUCGAUACUCUACAUUGUGUACAUUAAAUUUGUUAGUUUUGCCGAAACGUGAACAGAAUGUCGUGCAAACAGUUAUGCAUUACACUGGUAGCAAUUUGUUCGUCCCUUUUAGUGAUAGUUGUAGUUAGAACUCUCACUUUGGUCCCCAGAAAAGAUGUUGUCAUAGCAUGUAAAACAGCUGAUUCCGAUUUUAUCAAGCUAACUGACCAGAUACUGAAAAGGUUUCAAAAAGCAUUACAGAUUGACACAAUAUCCUUUAAACGAGGAGAAUAUAACAGAGACCAACUUCUUCUCCUAGGCUCACACUUACAGAAAAGUUUUCCAGUUGUUCAUUCAUCUCCAUUAGUGAAGUUAGACAUUAUAGCAAACUACAGCAGACUGUAUACAAUAUCUGGAUCAAACACAAGUUUAACUCCAUACUUAUUAACAGCACAUUUAGAUGUUGUGCCAGCUAUUGCUGAAGAAUGGGAAUUACCUCCCUUUGAAGCACAAAUUAAGGAUGAAUUUAUAUAUGCAAGAGGAGCUAUUGAUUUUAAGCAAGGAAUUAUGGGUAUAUUAGAAGCUUUAGAAUACUUACUAUCCAAAGGAUUCAAACCAAACAGAUCAUUUUACAUUGCAUUUGGACAUGAUGAAGAAGUGACUGGUGUUGAUGGAGCUCGAGCAAUCAGUCAAGAACUACAAUACAGAGGACUUAAGCAGGUAGAAUUUUUAUUAGAUGAAGGACUGGCAGUUUUAAAUGGUUUUAUUCCAGGAAUAAAAAAGACUGUAGCAUUAAUUGGUAUUGGAGAGAAAGGUUUUUUGACUUUGAAGUUAUAUGUGAAGGGUGAAGCGGGCCAUUCUUCUAUGCCACUAAAGCAAACAGCCAUUGGAAUUUUGGCAAAAGCUGUUUCCAAGAUAGAAGAUAAUCCACUGCCAAGUAUGUUAGGGUAUGGACCAGAGAAAGAAAUGUUAGAACAUUUGGCACAUGAGAUGCCACUAGCAGCCAGGAUUGUUAUGUCUAACUUGUGGUUGUUUGGACCUAUUGUUUCUUGGGUUUUUUCACAGAAACCACCAACAAAUGCUAUUAUUAGAACUGUGACAUCAGUAACUAUGUUUAAUGGAGGAGUCAAGACUAAUGUAUUACCAUCUGAUGCUACAGCUUAUAUAAACCACAGAAUUCACCCAGCACAAAGCCUUCAAGAGAUAAUGGAUUAUGACAGAGCUGUAAUAAAUGAUGACAGAGUGCAAAUAUCAGUUGAAGAUUCUAUGGUAGCUGCAGCUGGUUCUCCUUCUGGAGAAAAUGAUUUUGGUUACCAGAUAAUCAGUAAUAGUAUCAGACAAAUCUGGACCAAUGCCACCACAGCACCAGGAAUGAUGAUUGGCAAUACUGACACAAUACAUUAUAAAGACUUUACAAAAAAUAUCUAUAGAUUUAGUCCAACAGUAAUGUUUCCUGGUGACGAGAAACGUUUUCAUGGUGUAAAUGAACGUAUAUCAAAAAAUAAUUAUGAACAAGCUAUAAACUUUUACUAUCAUAUAAUUGUUAAUGCAGAUAAGAGUACUUUGUCCAUUUCACAUAAACAUAGUGAUGAAUUGUAAACCCAUAGACUGCACAUAAACAUUGAUUGAAUUGUGAAUCAUUAGACUGCACUUAAAUAUAGUGAUGAAUUGAAAAAUCAUAGACUGCACAUAAACAUUGAUUGAAUUGUGAAUCAUUAGACUGCACUUCAACAACGUGAUGAAUUGAAAAUCCAUAGUAUAAAUAAACAUUGAUUGAAUUGUGAAUCAUUAGACUGCACUUAAACAUAGUGAUGAAUUGAAAAAUCAUAGACUACACAUAAACAGUGAUUCAAUUAUAAAUUAUUAGACUCCACUUAAACAUAGUGAUAAAUGGUAAAUCCUUAGACUAAACAUAAACAGUGAUUCAAUUGUAAAUCGUUAGACUCCACAUAAACUCUGAUUAAUUGUAAAUCUGCAGAUUGCACAUAAACACUAAUUAUUGUAAACCCAUUGAUAGAUUGCACAUAAACAGUGCUUAUUGUAAACCCACAGAUUGCACAUAAACACUGAUUAUUGUAAACCCAUAGAUAGAUUGCACAUAAACACUGAUUAUUGUAAACCCACAGAUUGCACAUAAACACUGAUUAUUGUAAACCCAUUGAUAGAUUGCACAUAAACAGUGCUUAUUGUAAACCCACCGAUUGCACAUAAACAGUGAAUAUUGUAAACCCACAGAUUGCACAUAAACACUGAUUAUUGUAAACCCAUUGAUAGAUUGCACAUAAACACUGAUUAUUGUAAACCCACAGAUUGCACAUAAACACUGAUUAUUGUAAACCCAUUGAUAGAUUGCACAUAAACAGUGCUUAUUGUAAACCCACAGAUUGCAUAUAAACACUGAUUAUUGUAAACCCAUUGAUAGAUUGCACAUAAACACUGAUUAUUGUAAACCCACAGAUUGCACAUAAACACUGAUUAUUGUAAACCCAUUGAUAGAUUGCCUAUAAGCACUGAAUAUUGUAAACCCACUGAUAGAUUUCCUAUUAACACUGAUUAUUGUAAACCCAUUGAUAUUAUUGUAAACCCAUUGAUAGAUUGUCUAUAAUCACUGAUUAUUGUAAACCCAUUGAUAGAUUGCCUAUAAACAGUGCUUAUUGUAAACCCAUUGAUAGAUUGCCUAUAAACAGUGCUUAUUGUAAUCCCAUUGAUAGAUUGCCUAUAAACACUGAUUAUUGUAAACCUAUAUAUUGCAUAUAAACAGAGAUUAAUUGUAAAUCCAUAGACUGCACAUUAACAGUUAUGAUUAGGAAACCCAUAGACUGCACAUAAACAGUAAUUAAUUCUUAUUCAAUAGAUUGUAACAUUGAAUAAUUUCCCCUGUGAAAUAUUGUCUGCCGGACAAAAUUUAAUAAUUUUGUCAGGUUCUUUUGGGACAAUAUUUCACUGUGAAUUACUAUCCGUGACAAUAUUUUCUAAUCAAAGUAUGUCUUCCCUGGGAAAUUGAACACCAUGAAAUUGUGAGAGUGUUUCUGAAAUCUUUGGAAUAUUUUUCUUCAAAAGUUCAAAUGUAUGUGUAUAACUUGACGCCGCAUCCAAUAAUUCUCAUUUAUAGUAGUACACAUGCAUGAAGCAUGCACAUUUUUAUAUAUAUAAGUGAAAAAAUUUUGUUAGCCAACUAUUUUAUAUAAAAAACAAAUAUAUAUUUUAUCAUAAGCUUAUCAAAUUUGCAUUUAAUGAUUAAAGUCAUGUUUAUUUUACCAUAUUGUACUGUUUAGGUAUAAGUAAAGUAUUGACAAUCACUUAUACUAUAUGUUUUCUAUUCUCAAUAAAGUAAAAAAAAGAUAUCGUCCAAAAUAUUAUUUUU